AUGAUUUUGAUGUGAGUUAAGAGAAUCUUAUUUUUGAAAAAAAUGGUAAAAGUUUCAGUCAAGACAAUGAAUUGGCUCAUAGUUGGUAUGGAAAAAUAUUUGGGCAAUUAACAAUUGUCUUUUGGUAUAGUUGUAUGUUUGCUCAUAUUGCUGUUUCACUGAAUCGCUAUAUUUCGAUAGUUUAUCCAGUUAAGGUAAGACACUUUUCAGCGUAAAGGGUUUCCCUUCUAAAACUAACUAUAAAUGAGCCUAUACUUUAUUGGGGAUACCUAAUAGUAAAAUAAUAAAUAAAUAUUUGGGUGUUUACUCCGAGAGAAGUACACCCAUAUAAAUUAUAUGUGCGAUAGAGCGAACAUUCUUUCCUAGUGUUAAGGCUUUAGCCGUCCCGCACCCACGGGUUGUAACAUGGAACGUUCAAGAAUCACCUUAGCCCUAACUACAUAUCCAAUUUAUCCAGGCGAUGAAGCUAUUCACAACUGAAAACACCAAAUAUGCUCUCGGAGUCCUAUGGUGCUGCGCAUUUUGUGUAACAAUUCCCUAUUUUUUCAACGAAACGUGCUAUUUGGCCUUCAAUGCGCACACUUUUCAAUGGACCUAUGCUGCCACAAAUUGUGGGCAGACUUUGUCACAGUGAGUAUAUUUUGUACUAACAAAAAUACACAGACACACUUAUUUCAGCUUUGAUUUCGUGACCGGUGUGAUUAUUUGCUCGACAACAUUUAUCAUCGAUAUGAUGACGCUUUGUAGUCUUCGAACAGUCAAUAAUGUAAUUUUAGAAAAAAUUCAGAAAUUCAAAAAUUGUCAAUGAUCUUUGAAGUUUCAGACAAUUGGUUCGCAAACAGCGGCGCAGGCUUCGAAGCGGAGGAAAAAUGAGAUUCGACUUUUUACGCAAGCGUUUACACAGUGUAUUAUUUUUUGUGUAACACUUUUCAGUUUUCAUAUUUUCACGUUGAUUUCGAAUAAUUUGUGGUGGGAGUUUUCGAUGGUUACGAUGGUUUGGAUCAGUGCGCAUACUUUGGAUGGGUGAGUUUGGGAAAAUCACAUAUACCCUAGUUAAGUUCCGUUAAAUUUUUCUUGAAACCGGAACUCCAAGUGUAUGCAAAAAAAUUUUAAAAAAUUUCAGCCUAAUCGUCAUCCUCUUCCACUACCGUAGUCUCUUCACCCAAAAACUGCGAACACUGUCAUCAACCACAGUAGUAACUGUCAGUCAACAAAAAUCGAGCAGAUCGGCUGUUCAGGAAUAA